GGGUCCUUGUGUUUUUAAUGUUUUUGGCGCCUACACAGAACAGAAACUUUUGGCUAGCGACCUGAUUAACAACUGACUAACAAGUCAUCCGUUAGUGGAUAAAAAACAAGACAGUUCUUUAGUUAAUGGGAAAGAAAAGUGGUGUAAUGACUGCUGAGGAGGAAAACCUGGACAUGCUGCUCUCCUUAUUUAAGGAGAGUCAGGAAUCAGAGAAUUCCUCUUCCAAACAUGAUGAUAACUUGGAUGGUCUGUUUGAUGAGGAUGAUGGUGAAGAUGCUGAAGGCUAUGAUGAGCCAGAGGAGAACGAGGAUGUGACGUUGGAAAAUUUGGGCACAGGAGAACAAUGUGAGCACAACAUAUCCAAAGAGGACUUGGAAGUUGGCCGUUUUCUGCCUACAAAAGCAGCUGAGUUGGGGAACAUGCGAGAGAAGAUGCAAAAGCUUCAGCAGCAGCUGGAGGUAUUCCAAAAGUGUACAUCUGUCUCCCAGCCCAAACAUCGAGAAGACAACACUUCCUUGCAAAAGCAGACAAGCACCAAGAAUUCACCGGCAAUCCAGCAAAAGAUCACGACUCUGACUUCACCUAUGCAGAGCAGCAGUCAAAUCAAACCAAAUCAGAGCAGCAAGAAACCCCAGACAACAGCUACAGUGCUUUCCUUAGCCAAGAUCUCCGAGGCAGAGCUGCCUGGAAAAGUGCCGAGCAAGCCGAGGACUGCACACCAUCCCAAAACAGCCUCCAUGGAAAACCAGAAUUUUUUGGGUCAUGCUGUGAGUGACAAGUUGUCACAGCCCGUGAGAAGUAGCAGUACAGUCAACAACACAGUGAAGUCACCACCAGCUAGUAAAAGUGCUGCCGUGUCUCCUCCUAUUGCGAGACAGGCUACACCCAGACUGUCUGUCACUCAGGAUGUUACUGUGGAGAAAUUCUCAGGUCUCAGACUCAGGAGACCUCGGCUGUCCUCAGUGGAAAUCGAACACAAAAUGGCAAACCGCAGGAUGAUCCGGCUUUCGCAGCUGCCCGAUCGACUAACUCGGGAAAAUCUAGAGGACAGUGACUGGGUCACAUUUGCUGUGCUGAUAAAUAAAAUCACCCCACAAAGCAAGAAUAACGGGAAAACCUUCAGUAUCUGGAAGCUGAAUGACCUUCAUAACCUAGAUGUGACCGUAUCACUCUUCCUCUUCGGGAGUGUUCACUCAGACCUGUGGAAGACUGACACUGGGACAGUGAUCGGUGUCCUCAACCCCAAUCAAAUGAAGAACAAAGACGGCUCCAGUGAGCUGUGCCUCACAGUUGAUCACCCACAGAAGGUUCUGAUGUUGGGAGAAGCCAUGGAUUUUGGUACUUGCAAGGCCAAAAAGAAAAAUGGUGAUUCCUGCACACAGCUAGUUAACUUGUAUGAGUGCCAGUACUGCCAGUACCACGUUAAAGCACAGUACAAGAAAAUGAGCUCGAAGAGGGCCGAGCUUCAGUCCAGUUACACAGGCAUUGCCCCACGUAAAGGAAAAGGUCGUGGAAGUUUAAAAGAACGCCUGUGCCAAAGUGACUUCCAUUACGGGGGUCUGUCAUCACUUGCAUGCGCACCAUCAAUGACUUCCCCACAGCCAAUGAAACAGCCAUCUAUUCAGGCAGUUUUGGCCUCCAUCCCUAACAAGAAUCUUGCCAUUAGUUCAGGUGAGGUGACUGGAUGCUCCGAUGACUUCAGAAGCUUAAUAGCCAUGCCUACACCAGGAGCUCUAAAUAUAAAGAGACAUCUAGGACAAAAUAAGCCGAAAGACGUUUCUGGAUCAUCGGUGCAGUCCAUCUCCGCAACUGAGCUGCUCAAGCAACAGAAAGCACUUCACCAGCAAAGGUUUCAGGCCAGGCAGAAGAGGGCAGAGGAAAUCCAGAAAAGGGUGCUGCAAAACAAAGGAGGUUCCACGAUUACAUCUAGACCCUCCUUGAACAGGACAAAAACGCCCUCUCCAAAAGCAGCUUCAGAGGUUCCCAAAGGCUACUCUCCACCUAAACCUGGCCUCUCCACCCCUCCUGUACCCACUUUGGGACGAGGCUACACAGAGGGAGAGGAUAUUCUACUAGACAUGUCACCUCCUCCAUGCUCAAAAAGUAUCUCAGCUGCAAAACUGGCUGCAGUCAAAAAGCUCCAAGCAAAAGGAGUAGCACUUAUUAAAGAUGAUCCUAACGCAGUGAAGCGUAAGCGACCCAACAGCAAUGACAUCACAGCCCGAGUGGAGCACAGCCUAGCUUCACCUGAAGGGGAGAACAGAGCAGAGAAGGAGACAGAAGAGCCAGCUCAGAAGAAGAGGCGUGAACAGCUAGAUUAUAUCCAGUCUGAGGAGUUCCAGCGCAUUCUGAAUGCCAAGUCUACAAACUCGUGGAUAAUGGGAGAGAUGGAAGAGAAGGCAAUGCAGGAUUACUUUGAGCCACUAGUACAGAAAGAGAAGUUAGAGGAGAAGAUGAAGAGCAUCAGGGAGAUGAAGUGUCGAGCAGUCACCUGCAAAACCUGUAAGUACACACACUUCAAACCAGCUGAGCGCUGUGUAGAGGAGAAACACGAUUACCAUUGGCAUGAUGCUGUCAAGCGUUUCUUCAAAUGCCCUUGUGGCCAGAGGAAGAUCAGCCUGAGCCGAUUCCCAACUGCAGCCUGCAGCAACUGUGGUGUGUUCAAGUGGGAGAGAGACGGCAUGUUAAAGGAAAAAAAUGGACCAAAAAUUGGAGGCGAGUUGCUGCUGCCGCGUGGUGAAGAGCAAUCCAAAUUCCUCAAUAGUCUGAAAUAAAGUCAGCAGUCUGGUUUCUGCUAUCUGACUCUUUCCCCCAGCACCCCUCUUCACACACAGUGCUUAGGGAGCUUUUUUUUAUUACAAUGCACAGUGUUGAAACUGGAAACGUCUCCAUUUUCCCUGAGCCAGGCAGCGACUGACGUGCUGCUAAUUCACAGCUUUUUGCAUUCGCACACAAGGGUUGAAUGCAUUACUAAUAUAAAUUGUUGCAAUCGAUGUUUUUAUCUUUUUUUAUGUGUGUGUCUUAUGGAUUUUAAUAACGUGCUAUAUUUUAAAGCAUUUUUUCUGUUUCACUUAGAAUCAUGAAGCUUAAAUUAAAACAGCUUGAGUACUCUGAUAGGUUUCUGUAAUUGUUUUUUCCAUUACCAGUAUAAUUCUCACAACCAUGAACAGUGGCUUGACCAUCUAGACAUCUAAAGUACAUCCUAUUGUUAUCUAAGUGAACUUUACUACCUGUGCAUGUCUCAGCUUAAGCAAUGAGGUUUUUUCCUGUCAUCCAAAUUUUUAAGGGAUGAUGGGCAGAAACACUGUUUCUGUGAGUCAAUAAUCCUCACAAUAAAAUGGGCCAGUCUACUGUC